AUGAACGCCGUAAGGGUCACCUCGUGGACUGCACCACCGGAAUAUAUUUCAGUCCCAAAUCCACCAGCACCUUCACCAACCCAGCUGCAGCUCAAGGUUCUCUCUAUAGGAAUACCACCAGUCGUACGGCUUCGAGCGGCAGGCCUCCACCCAACAGCGCGCAAUGCCGCUCUCCCCUUCGAUCCCAGCAUCGACGGCGUCGGACAAGAUGAAGCUACCGGCGACUUAUACUAUAUUACACCGCUAGCAGCACCCCUUCUUGCUGAGCGGGCGAACGUUGAACGAAACCAGGUAGUGAAACUGCCUGAGGGCACCGACCCAACGACUGUCGCAGGACUCGUCAACCCGGUGUCAAGCAGCUGGAUGGCGCUUCGAUGUCGAGCAAACGGCGGCUGCCGGGGACGUACUGUCGUGAUUGUCGGCGCAACAAGCGCAAGCGGCCGGGCAGCUGCUAUCGUGGCACGCUAUCUAGGAGCACGGCGGAUCAUUGGGAUAUCACGAAACCAGGAAACCCUUGCAGGGGUGAAAGGACUAGAUGACCGCGUUCUUUUAACUACACCGUUCGUUCUGCCUCCUGAUAUUGGACCGCUGCACAUAAUUCUGGACUACGUGGGCGGGCCUACUGCUGCCAGACUUCUCGAAACAGCGGAGGCAGAGCCCGGAACUGAGCUCCAGUAUAUUCAGGUUGGUGGACUCGCCGCGGAGGAGACUCAUAUGCUCAAACUGUUGCCGCCUCACUUGAUCUGCUCGAAGCCGAUUUGUAUUAGGGGCUCGGGGAUGGGAAGCUUCACCAAGCAAGACUUGAAGAAUGAGAUGGAAAGUUUGAUUGGGCUUAUCACGAAGAUGGAGCGGCCGUUUGAGAUCUUGAGUAUACCACUGAGUGAUGUGCAGUCUACCUGGGAAUCUGAGGAAGUCAAACCGAAGCGAUUGGUUGUUAUACCGCACCCAGAAUAG